AGUUGCAAACCCAUGCCCUUACCGAGUAGACAUGGAGCGCCAUGUACAUGGUCUACUCGAACCAAACAGGAGUCUCAACUAGAAAGCUUGUCAUUUCUUCUGUUAAAAAGGCAAAAUAUUUGAAAGACCGGAGGAGAAGAGCGGUCCUGUUGAGGAUGGAGUGUGCUUUUGACGCACAGAAUCUGAUCUCCAUUUCUUUGAGGAAAAUCCAGAGCUCCAGGACGCAGCGAGGAGGCAUAAAGCUCCACAAGAACUUGCUGGUAACGUACGUGCUGAGAAACGCGAGGCAGUUUUAUAUGAGCAAGAACUUGUCGCCGACGCCAAGGACGCAGCAGUACGAGGAUGUCGCCGCAGCCCGAGAGACGCAAGAAUACCUCGAACUGACCGGGAGCUUUACGGAGUUGGCCAAUGACUUCUACUGCAACUUUGGCGGCAUGGACUCGGACACUUGGCACUGCGGAGCUCCCCAGCAGCAUUCCAGCUGCCAGUCUGCAGAGGUGGCGCACCAAGAUGCGUCGGCGUGCGCAAUGGUUCCUCCAAGUGACUCUGACCUCAUGGUGUCGGAAAGCUUUUGGACUUGUGCGGACAAACCCGCUUGGGAGUCACACGCCCCAAGCUCACAGGUCAACCACAAAACUGUCCUGGAUCUGGACACGCAUGUGGUGACGACUGUCACCAACGGAUACUUCCACUCGGACUGUUGCGCGCAGCCAAAACAGUCUCUGGGCGCGCAGUGGUACGCCAAAAAGAGACGGAUUGACACGAGUUAUCAUAUUGUUGAGCCAGAGUUCUAUUUGUCUGACUUUGGGCCGGUGCCUUGUAAACGGCUGAGGACUGAUGAAGAUUCACAUUCAGACUCAGAAACGUUGGACUCCACGAACAUCUCCAACCUGAUCUCGGUGUUGGGUUCAGGUGGACUAUCUGAGUUUGUGAGUUGGCAGCACACGGACCUGGAGCAAAUAUUUGCCUCGCAAACUAUUAGUUUAAAACACACAUUGUUAACAGGCAGCGGUUGGACGCGAGCAAUCGAAGCAUUUUGAUUUGUAUGAUUGUGGCUUUGUGCCGUUUUAUUUCAUUGCUUUCGAAUAAAAGAUGUCACCAAUAAAAAUCUGCUUCUCUCUG